AUAUACAUAUAAUUUAUAACAGGACAUUUACAAAGAACUUACGUCAGUAUUAUAAAUUUUAAUAAAAUACUAAAAUAAUCAAUUCAUUGAUCAAAGAAAUCAUAAAGUAUUAUCAAAAUGUUAAUACAAUUUGUAAAAGUAAGCUUUCAGAAUCAAUCCAAAAAGAUUUUUUCAUCGAGACAGACAAAUCUUUACAACAUACUCCUUUCAAGCAAUAGGAAAGCAUCAUCGAAAGAAAAAAUUGUAGAUGAUGAAUGUUCAAACGAACCUAUCAAAUAUUCUACAUCAAAAGCAUCAAUUUGGCUUGCUUCCCAAACGCGUCAACCUCAAUCUAAAAGACAUCCAUAUGAAUCUAAUGUUAUAACAAUUAGUAUAAUCAUUUUUAUGAUUUAUUUCUUUAUUUUAAGAGAAGAGAACGAUAUAGAUCUAUCUCUUAAUAAACCGCUGUCAGAACUUGUACCUAAUAUUAACAAAACAACUGCACUAUCUUCCAAGAGAUUAUAACUGUAAAUAUUGUAUUGUAGUAAUCAGUUUUUAUAUGUAAUUGAAUUCUUUGAUUCAUUCAAUUAUAUAUUAUUUCUUUUUUUUCUUAAAUUAUCAAUUAAAUAAAUAGUUAAUUAUUGAACUUAUAUAAAUAGAUUUAUUCCAAUAAACUCGGAAGGAUUUUCUGUUUAACAAACAUAUAAAAUAGUAAAAAUUUCCUUAUUACAUAUUGGACUUUAUAUUGAUUUGGUUUUUCCAAUAGGCAAUUGUACUACAAUGGAUAUAUUAAUCGUCCCCAUAUUAUACUGUUCAAUAUUUCACUCCAUUUAAUAGAUGGUUGAUAAGCUAUGGUGUCUAUAAUACAGCUUUUCCAUGUUCGACCCCAUGAAGAUUUGACCAUUGUCAUCCAUAAAGUUAUUGUCAUAUUAUUCUUUGACUGUUGUGAAUGUAAUUUAAUAUAAAUGCUAUCUAAAAUUUCAAAUAUUAACAAAAUUUUUGAAACCAAAUGUAUGUUAUUAUACAAUAUAAGUAUAAAUAUUAUUAAUUACUUACUACGUGUGCAAUAAGAAUUAAAUAACCAUCUAAUAAAUGCAUAGACAGGUGUAACUUGAAAAUAAAAUCUUAAUCUAGCUAGAAGUCCACUAAAGCCAGUCAGCAAAAGUCUAAACUGAAUUGUAUAAAUAUCAAAAUAUUAGUAAUCACUAGCGAAAUAAUAACACUAAUAAAAAUCAUUUAUUUACCGUAGUAAAAACUGUAUAAUAUACCCAUGUUGUCGGUGCAAGAAAUAGGAGAAUGGUAAAUAAUAAAGUACCCACAAAUAGUUGA